UACAGUUACUUCGUACAAAGAUUUAAUAGAAUUUUUAUUAUUGUUUUUUACAGAUGAGUAAAAUGAAGCUCCGUCAAAAACAACGCAUCAGUUAUUACGAGCCUGAUGAGCCGAAUUUAGACGAAUAUGUCUUCUGCGACAAAUGCGCUGAUUUCGUUUACGAAUACUGCGCGAUACACGGACCCCUGCUGGUCAUCCCUGAUGAUAAGGUGUCGAGCAAGCCCAAGUACCCAUCGUUCGUGCCGCGUGCAGCGCUCACCAUCCCCAGCGUGUUCCUGCACCUGGCUCCCUCCAGGAUACCAGGCGCGGGCCUGGGCGUGUUCAGCACUCUGACCAUACCACGAGGAGUGCGCUUCGGCCCGUACCGCGGGAAGCGGACUGACCAGAUACGAUCCAUGUACUGCUGGCAGGUACUGGAAUAUAUGCUGAUGGACUGA